AUGGCUGCGACAACUAUGUUCCAGUGUUUCCUCAGUCGUCAAAUGGAUGAGCCGGAACCAAUCAUUACUUCUUUCACAUUCAUUAUAUCCAGCGGGACUGUUUAUGAGGAUAUUUUCCGUCGUCAAACAAAAUUGGUCAGACGUAUUGAAAAAAUGUGCAACUGCAAGAUCACCUUGAGCCAGCCGCGAACGUCAACCGGUCCUUUGAUCGGAUAUCAUCAGGUUGAAGUUAAAUACGAUCUCAGUCAUGAAGGUCAUCGGGCUUUCAUUGCAUAUCUACAACGAAUCGGACGACUGAUGAGGGGUGUACGAGGCUCGUGUGAGAAUUAUCAAGUGGUGAAUACAACGUUUCUUUGA